AUGGAGGCGCCCUUCGAGCUGGCGGACGUGCUGGAGUACAACGGCACACUGUGGGUGAACGAGGAGGACCCGGUGCAGCUGACCUGGGUGCAGGCGCUGCUCGGCCUGCUCUACGGCGCCAUCUUCGUCGUGGGGGUGACGGGCAACCUGCUGGUGCUGGUGGUGGUGGCGCGCGCGCGGCCCGCCCACACCCUCACCAACCUGUUCAUCGGCAACCUCGCGCUCAGCGACCUCAUGCUGUGCCUGCUGUGCGUGCCCUUCACGCCGCUCUACACCUUCAUGGGCCGCUGGGUCUUUGGCGCCUUCCUCUGCCGCGUAGUCGUGCUGGCACAGGGCACCAGCGUGUACGUAUCGUCGCUGUCGCUGGCCGUGGUGGCUGCGGACCGGUACGUGGCGGUGACGCAGCCGCUGCGCGCGCGGCCGCGCGGCGCCUGCUGCCUGUUCGCCGUGGCGGCCGUGUGGCUGUGCGCGUGCGCGGGCGCGCUGCCGUACGCGCUGCACGUGCAGCACCGGCCGGCCGACGGCGCCUGCGAGGAACACUGGCCGUCGGCGCGCGCGCGCGCCACCUUCGGCGCCGCCACCUUCUGCGCGCAGCUGGCCGUGCCGCUCGUCGUCGCCGCCUUCUGCUACGGCCGCGUCUGGCUGCGGCUGCGCGCGCGCGAGCGCGACCGGCGCGCAGCCAGCGCCGCUAGCCCGCCCGCCGCGGUGCGCGAGGCGGCGCGCGCGCGCGCGCGGCGCACGCUGCGCCUGCUGGUUGCCGUCGUGGCGGUGUUCGCCGCCUGCUGGCUGCCGCUGGCGCUGCUCAACCUGGCCGCCGACCUGAGCGCGCGCGCCACGCGCUGGCGCUUCUUCCACCUCGGCUUCUUCGUGGCGCACGUUCUCGCCACCAGCUCGGCCUGCUACAACCCAUUCCUUUACGCCUGGCUCAACGACAACUUCCGGCGCGGGCGGCGCCCACGCCGAUGA